UGAUUGGCUACCAAACUGAAAGUGUUCUCUCCGAGCUCCCAGCGAUCAUGGCGGACGUUCAAGUGGCGGCUCCAGCUGACACCGACAGCAAACUGAGCAAAAAGUGGUAACAUCAUUAGAGGUUGGGAGUUGUGUGCAGUGAUGGCAGCCUCUCUAUGCAGGCUUAUUAGAAGCCCACUUUGGGUGCAGAGAUUACUUAAAGAGGAGUUCGUGGUGAAGCACCUUUCUACUCAUUCACCUCUCUUCAAGGAGCAGGACCUUCACCAGAACAAAAGUGAGCUCAAACGGCGAUUGAAAGCUGAGAAGAAAGCAGCUGAAAAGGAUGCCAAGCAAAAAGAACAAAAUGAGAAAUUGCCCAGUGCGGACACAGAAAUUGAUGAAGAAACGCUCGAUCCUAAUCAAUAUUUCAAAAUUCGCUCCCAAGCCAUUCAGCAGCUGAAGGGAACAAAGAAUGACCCGUAUCCACACAAGUACCAAGUUGAUCUGUCUCUCACAGAUUUCAUUACAAAAUACAACAGUCUGGAGACUGGGGACCAUUUAACGGAGAUCGUCAGUGUGGCAGGCAGGAUCCAUGCCAAACGUAUUUCUGGAGCCAAACUGAUCUUCUACGAUCUGCGUGGAGAAGGCACAAAGCUGCAAGUUAUGGCUAACUCUAAGUUUUACAAAUCAGAAGAAGAGUUUAUAGCAGUCAAUAACCGUCUGCGUCGCGGUGAUAUUAUUGGAGUGAAAGGAAACCCAGGAAAAACCAAAAAGGGGGAACUAAGUAUUAUACCUACGGAGAUAACCCUGCUGUCUCCCUGUCUGCACAUGUUGCCUCAUCUCCACUUUGGAUUGAAAGACAAGGAAACUCGAUUCCGCCAGCGGUACCUGGAUCUCAUCUUGAAUGACUACGUAAGGCAGAAGUUUAUUACACGCGCCAAACUUAUCACAUACCUCAGAAGAUUUCUAGAUGAUCUGGGCUUCCUUGAGAUUGAAACUCCAAUGAUGAACAUUAUUCCUGGGGGAGCUGUAGCCAAGCCAUUCAUCACCCAUCAUAAUGAGUUGGACAUGGAUCUAUACAUGAGGAUAGCACCAGAGCUGUAUCACAAGAUGCUGGUAGUUGGUGGCAUUGAUAGAGUAUAUGAAGUGGGCAGGCAGUUCCGGAACGAAGGGAUAGAUCUCACUCACAAUCCAGAGUUCACAACCUGCGAAUUUUACAUGGCCUACGCGGACUACCACGACCUCAUGGAAAUAACAGAAAAGCUGCUAUCUGGAAUGGUUAAACACAUCACUGGCAGCUACAAAGUCCCUUACCAUCCGGAAGGUCCCGAAGGUCCUGUGUUUGAAAUAGAUUUUACUCCACCAUUCAGAAAAAUUAGCAUGGUGCAUGAACUGGAAAAGGUCCUGGGGAAAAAGCUGCCUAAUACUGACCAGUUUGACAGCGAAGAAACUCGCAAACUCCUCGAUGACAUUUGUGUGGAGAAAGAGGUAGAGUGUCCGCCCCCUAGAACCACUGCGAGACUACUAGACAAGCUGGUGGGUGAUUUUCUAGAGGUAACUUGCAUUAAUCCAACCUUUAUCUGUGACCACCCACAAAUCAUGAGUCCGCUCGCUAAAUGGCAUCGCUCAGAGAAAGGCUUGACGGAGAGAUUUGAGCUAUUUGUUAUGAAGAAAGAGAUCUGCAAUGCCUACACUGAGCUGAAUGACCCAAUCAGACAAAGGGAGAUGUUUGAAGAGCAAGCUAAGGCUAAAGCUGAGGGAGACGAUGAGGCAAUGUUUAUAGAUGAGACAUUUUGUACCUCGCUGGAAUAUGGACUCCCACCAACCGCUGGAUGGGGAAUGGGCAUUGACCGGCUGACCAUGUUCCUUACAGACUCAAAUAAUAUAAAGGAGGUCCUUCUGUUUCCUGCGAUGAAGCCAGAUGACAACAAGAAAGAUUCCCCUCCAAGUCAGAAUGCUGAAGGAACAUCUGUUUAACCUCAAGAACUGUCUCCUUUUUAAUAUGUGUCCUCGUCGAAGACACCUGUCCUGUGAAUCUUGACUGCUCUUACCGUCUUUAUAUUGAAAAUAAAAUACACUGCAUUAUGCUUUA